AAAGUCUUUACAUAAACCUCUUCGAAUCCCACCUCCUCAAAACCACGAUAGUUUCACAGCAUCGGUUUACUUCAGUCAUCAUCACAACCUCAAAGAACGACUUCACUACUACAUAAAGUCAUCAUCAUGUCUUCCACCACUUCACAGCGCUUGUCUUCUCGGGAAGAGUUCGAGUCGAGGACACUCGCUUCUCUCAAGCUCCCAAACAUCCGAAUCAACGAACUGACCUUCCCAUCACCACCAUCGACACCCAAUUCAGUUCAGUUGAGCCCAAGCUGCAGCUUUCGAUCAGUAUCAUGGAGCAGAAGACCCUCGGUCGACUCGGACUACUUCUCCGGAGCCCUCUCCGGUCUUUCAAUCACUUCAUCAGUGUCUUCUACUGGCUCGGACUUGAAGAGAAAGGCAAGCAUCACCAACUUGGAUACUCGCCCAGGGUCCAGCAUGCGCAGUCUGCUCGGACCCCAGCAGCAACAACUCUCCCUCCCUCCCAUUUCCCACAUCUUGAAUGCUGUACCCUCACCCUUUGAGCAUCAGCUCAGCCAGCACCGAGCCCAGACAUCUCCUGGUCAUCCCUCACCACGCUUCGCACCUUUCCAGCAAGGCAUGUUCACCCCACUGCCAUCACCAACCUGCAGCAUCUCAUCGUCAUCAUUUUCAAGCCAAGCCCAGCGCCAACCCUCUUCCCUGCCACGGUCUUACUCCGUCCCAGACGUGUGCUACAAGAGUUUAUCUGCUGCUUCGCUGUCGAUCACCAGUCCCCAGAAGAAGAGACAAGCAUCGACUACCUUUGAAAGUGGUGUCUCCUCCCGUUUCUCCGCCUACACCAACAAACUUCAAGUCCGUCCAAGCAAGAGUCAUCGCACGACGAGCAGACGGUCUCCCUACGAAAGCGCCGUUGUUCUGCACCGGGGCAGCAGCGACCGCAAAUCAUCCACCUGCUCAUCUACCUCCUCUUCUUCUUCUUCUUCGUCAUGCUCGCCUGGCCCUACCACAGACGACGAAACAUCCGACCACCCUGACGAGGACGAAAAGCUCGCCACGUCUUCUAGCAGCAGCAACAGCAAAGGCAAAAAGCAAAACAUUCAACACACCCCCGAACAAAACCUGUUCAUUAUCUACCACAAAGACGACCUCGAGCUUCCCUGGGCCGAGAUCGAGAAGCGGUACAACGAGCGCUUUCCCGGUCUCUACCGGACCGCUGGUGGAUUAAACUGCAAUUACUACCGUUUGAACGCCAAGCUGCCGCGGACGGAGGAGUCGGACAAGUUCUCGCUGAUCUUUGACGAGCGCCCCCGGUACGACCCGGAGAACCCAGGAAAACUGUUGCCGUUGACGUGGGAUGAAUACGAGGGGGUUCGGUUCCAGACCAUCCAUGUCCAGGUUAGGCAGGCGGCCAAAGUGUUGGGGCACCCGAUUGGACUCAUGUGGAGGUGUCCGGAGGAGCUGGUGAAGAGCGAGAAUGAGUGGGUGUUGGAGGAGCAUAGGGUUAAGGCUAGGGAGUUGGCUGCAAGAAGGUAUUACCAGAGAGAGGCGUGGAAGAGGAGUCAGCAGUUGCAGCAACAGCAACAGCAGCAGCAGCAGCAACAACAGGAACAACAACAAACAGACUCUUACGUUCAAGGCUGAGCAGUUCCGAUAAAGACAUCAAAUCUCGUUGUUCCUACGCAUAUACAUCAAGACUCCCACGAGU